AUGGCCUCUAUCGAAUCUGUCCUCACCAAGAACGCUCCCCAGCCCGUCGGCCCCUACUCUCAGGCCGUUAAGGUCAAUGGCUUCCUCUACGUCUCUGGCCAGGUUCCCUUGACUCCUGCCGGUGCUCUUGUCGAAUCUGAUGACAUCCAGGUCCAUACCCGCCAGGUCCUCGAUAACCUCAAGGCUGUUCUUGAGGCUGGUGGUUCUUCUCUCGAGAAGGUCGUCAAGGUCAACGUUUUUGUUCUUGACAUUGCGCAGUUUGGCAAGAUCAACGAGGUCUACGCUGAGUACUUCAGCAAGAGCAAGCCUGCCCGCUCCCUUGUUGCUGUUGCUGCUCUUCCUCUUGGUGUUCCCUUGGAGGUCGAGGCUGUUGCUGUUGUUGACAACUGA